CGUGCCGUGGAGCUCCCGCCGCUGCCCGCCGGGACGCGACCCCCGGGGCACCCGCCCCGCGCCCACCGGGUGCGUCCGCGGCACAACCGGGAGAGAAUCCUGCCCGCCCCUGCCCCCGGCUGCGGGUCCUGGAGCUCCGGCGGGACCCCGGCGGCGGGGCCGGGGUUAAGGACCACGGGGCGGUGGCAAGGGUAGAGCCACGCGUGGGAGACCUCCUUGGCGGGCGGGGAGGGGGGGAUGGAGAAGGGCAGGCGCUGGCAGACCUCUAGCCUUGGAGGAAAAAUCCCUUCUGGGGGCCCCUGAGGCUGUCCCCCACUUGGGGGGAUCGCGGUGCGUGUGGGAAAUGCUGGGUGUGCUGCAAUGCCCCAUUUGGGAAGGUUUUUUAAAUGAGAAACCUGGUUCUGUGGCCAGCCCAGUGCACCCCAUCCUGAAGGGAUGCAGCUGGUGCUGGGGUGGAGCAGGCGGGAUGGCUGCCCUGGGGAUCACCACGGGUCACCCAGCUCCUGGGUCGGCACAGGAGGAAAGCAGAAGGGGCGUGGGAGCUCUGCGGAGGGCAAGGACCGGGGUUUCUCCCUGGUGCCCACACCGGGACGGGUUGGGGGUGACCCUGACUUGGGUAUGGAGAGGCGGCCCGGGGUGGCCGGGUGCCAGGAGGUGGCUGGGGCAGGGUGGGGCAACCGCGGCAUCGCCGCCUUCCCUGGCAAGCAGCUUUUCAGCAAUCACAACUGAAACUUAAACAAACUAUAAAGCCUGGGCGCUGGCGCUGUGCAGCCGGGCCCUGCGGCAGACGUGGGCGCACAGAGGUGCCAGAGGACAGGGCGCCUGCCGGAGCUGCCACAAUGGAGCUGGGGAACAUCUCGCAGCCUGUGUACGGCCCUGGCCCCGAGGCACCGGGGAGCAGCAUGCUGGGCCUGGUGGGGAUGGUGCAUGGCUUCCUGCGGCUGGUGCAGCCCAACGCCCUGCCCAUAGAACUGAUCGCAGAGUUUCAGCAGCCCCAGGGUCAGGACACCGUCAGGGAGCAAGCUCAGGAGCUGCUGCUCUAUGAACUGGGUUUCCUGGUCUGCAUGGCCAUCGGGCUCCUCUUCAUCAUCCUCGUGCCCCUGGUGGGAUUCUGCUUCUGCUGCUGCCGCUGCUGUGGGAACUGUGGGGGCCGCAUGUACCAGAAGCAGCAUCGGCGCAUGGGCUGCAAGCGCCGGGCACUCUGGACCUCUGUCCUGCUGGUCUCUGGUCUCCUCCUGGCUGGUGACAUCUGCGCCUUCGUCAGCAACACUCGUUUCUCUCAGGCUGUGUGUGGCACCUUCCCCAAUGUCAAUGACACCCUGGACAACGUCCACACCUACCUGACUUCCAUCCCCCAGCAAAUCAAUUUUAUCAUCGACAGCAGCGAUGUCCCGCUGGGCCACGCCAACCACAGUGUCCAGGAAAUUGGGCCCAACUUGGGUGGCAUGAUCGUCUCGGGCAUCAGGAGCAGCACGGAUGGGGCUCUGGGAUCCCUCCAGAGCCUCUUGCAAGGGAUGGAGACGCUGGCGGCCGCCUUCAGCAACAUCACCAGCACUCACUUGCGUCUCAAGGAGCUGCAGAGCAACUACAGCCAGCGGCUGGCCAGCCUGCGGGACAGCAUCAACCAGACCCUGCAGCGCUGCGACCACCCCUGCGGCAGCGUGUCCCUGGACGGCCUCGCCUUCAGCGCCGACUUCAGCAUGAUCCCCAGUGUGGAGCAGCAGCUGGAGGCACUGGAUGGUGUGUCUGGCUCCAACAUAGCAGACAAUUUAGAGAAGGUUAACAGCACGCUGGACACGACCCCUGCCAAGGUGCAAGAGCAGUCCCAGGACAUGGUGACAAAGACCCAGGACCAGCUGGGCCUCAUCAGACGGCAGAUCAGGAGCUUGCAGGAGCAGCUGCCGCUCAUGGAUGUGGAGGAGAAUGUCGGGGCCUUUGUGGACAAUGCCAUGUCGGUGCUAGAGGAGUACAGGGAGCCGAUCAUCGCCUUGGAUGGGCUCAGGUGGAGCGUGUGUGUCCUCCUGUGCUGCAUGGUGCUGCUGGUGGUCCUCUGCAACGUCACUGGGCUGCUGCUGGGGCCCCUGGGGCUGAAGGAAAGCGUGCUGCCCACGCAGCGCAGCAGCCUCUCCAAUGCUGGCGGGAACUUCUUCAUGGCAGGGGUUGGCUUCAGCUUCAUCUUCUCCUGGCUGCUGAUGCUGCUGGUGUUGAUCACCUUUGUGCUGGGGGGGAACAUGUACAUGCUCAUCUGCGAGUCCUGGCGCAGCCAGCAGCUCUUCCAGCUCCUGGACACCCCCGGCCUGAUCCCUGGCUUCAACCUGUCGGAGCUGCUGGGCCAGGAGGGUGGCACAGCAAACUUCUCAGAGAUGUACAGGCAGUGCCAGCAAGAUGCCGCCCUGUGGCAGACACUGCACCUGGACCAGAGCGUGUCCCUGGAUGAGCUCUUGAACAUCAGCCAGUACACAGGAGAGAUCUCCACAGCCUUCGAGAAGAUGAGCAUCACCCUGAGCCCCAUCUUGCUGCUCAACCAGAGCCAGAAAGACUUGCUGCUGAAUGCCAGCCGGGCUGGGCAGCCCCCCGACUUCACCCCCACCCUGGAGCAGCUGGAUCGGAACGUGACCCAGGGAAGCCUCCUGGAUCUGGCUGCAGAGCUGGAGCAGCUGGCAGGCAAAGCGGGCGCCAGCGUGACAGAGGACCUGAAGGCUGAUGCUCGCAACCUGACGGACCUGGACAAGGAGAUGCAGAUGAGCUUCUCUGGGCCGCUGCAAAGCCUGAAGAAGAACAUCCACUUGGUGCAGAGCAGGGCUGCCCAGCUAGAGGCACAGACAAAAGCCGCGGUGGACAAAGCCAGCGAAACCCAGGAGUUCCUGGACAAGGAGAUGGCAAACAUCAUCAAGAACGAGACGUGGGCCUUCCUGGAGGAGCUGUUGGACUUCUUUGAGACCUACAUCUCCUGGGCUAAGAGCAGGCUGACGGGAGACGUGGCACGUUGCAAGCCCAUAGCUCAGACCCUGGAUAACGUGGAGGUCAUCACCUGCGACUACAUCCUGGACUCUCUGAACACCUUCUGGUUCAGCCUGGGCUGGUGUACUGUCUUCCUGCUGCCCAGCAUCAUCCUGGCAGUCAGACUCGCCAAGUUUUACCGGCGCAUGAACAUUGCUGAUGUCUACAGGAAUGAAGCCUUGGAGAUGCCACCCGCGUUCAACUUGUACAAAAUCCCCCGUCCAUCCACGCGACAUUAGCCCCUGUUGCCCAUGGCACAGGCAUGGAGCAGAUGGACACGGCUGCCCCAUCUGCUGCACCUUCUCCUUGGGUGCUGGGGAGCAGCUUGGGACCCCCAGCUGAAACCCCCUCCCCAGUUCCCAAUACAUGAUGAUGCCCUGGUAUGUGUGGGAGGGGGGGGCUGCCCCUUGCACUGCCCCAGGUGGGACUUCACCCCCACCCCACCAGACCCUGUGGGCUCAGGGCAGCUCACACUGUCCAUGCCACUGCAGCCUGUGCUGCUGGCCAAUGGGAACCUGCUCACCCAGGCUCCUCGCUUGAAAAAUAUGACUAAUUUAUUUUUGCAGGGAGCCUGACUUUUUCCAAGGCUGUGAUUUUCUUGGUGUCAAAUAAUAAAUGGGAUGUUUGUGUGUGCUGCAGGCAUGCAGCUGCGCUCUUCGUGUCUGGCUGCGAUGGAAAGGCACAAGGGUAGGGGCAGGGAGGGUUCCCCACUGCUGGCACAAGCUGGGGCUGUGCCGGGGACCUCUUGCCGGGGUCCCCAAGCGUGUUCUGCCCACAGCCAGCUCUCGGAGUCCUGACCCAGCCCAAGGGUCAAUGCAGGACCACUGCUCUGCGUCACCAAGGCUGGGUGACGUUCUCCUCACCGGGCAGCCCUUUGCACGGGCGGCUGGGUGGGUGCCAGGUCCCCCCUGGGAAAAGCCAUGCAAAAGCUUCCUGUCCAUGCCUCCCCCUCCCAGUGCAUGGGCACUUCCCCGUGCCCUCUGGCGACCCUGCCGUGUGUGGGUUUCCAGUUAGUUUAUGGGGUGCCUGCAGCUCACACCUCCCUCCCUCCACUGGGUAUGGUGGCACGGGGACUUUUGGUGUCCACCCCUGCACGUCCCACACUGCUGCGUGGCAUGGAUGGGCACAGCGAGAGCUGUGUGCACAGGUAAGCCAAGGGCUACUUGGUCUGCACCUGUGGUGGGGUGAGCACAGGUGUUACUUUGUGCUGCUCCUUGGCGCAAGCACAGGGACCAUCCCAAAAGCCGGGUCAGGCACGGGGGACGUACGAGAGCAGCUUGACUCAUUUCCUUCGUUGCACAGUCCAAGUCUGUCUGGAGCAAGCGACGGGGCCGAGCCGGCCAGCUCGCCCUCUGCUACAUGCAUCUGCUUUAUCGCUUUUUCCAUUUGCCUUCAGAUCUUCUAAUCACUAUUUUUUCCUUCAGGCGUUAUCUGAAGCUGCACCGGCCUUACCUCCUGCUAUCUCCCCCCAGCACCCGUCCUGACCACAAAGAGAGCCCUGUGCUUGCCUAUCACCCUGCUGAAUCUGUCCUGUGUGGUGGCUCAGCCCCUGCUCCCCCCAGGAUGCCCAUCCUUUCUGGUCCUCCGGGCAGGACUUUCCAGCACCAAUGGAGAGCAUUUAGCUCAGUUUCAUCUCCACUUGCUCCGCUUUUGCUCUCCCCCACCCUAAACCCUCAACCUCCCGAGCUGUGACUGUUUUGUGCUUGUCUAGGGGCCCCAUGGAAGUUUUCAUCCCCAAGCCCUAGACUGUCCCCACCGCACAGCGUUCCCCGCUUCCUCUUCCCUUGCUGUGCCGCGGGGACUGCUGCUGGCUUCAGUUUCCGCUCGCUGGCUUUGCAGGCACUGCUCCCUCACUGCUCAGCCUCCAGCUGCGGCCUUUUCUUCUCUGCAGAGCUAGUGCUGGAAGAUGGGGAGCUUGACCCUCCUCGUUUGCUGCAUCGCUGUGGCCACCUGCAUCCAAACCCAACCCUGGCAAUGAAAAUCUCCCCCCCAAAUUACCGCACAGCCUUGCCAAGGCAUGUGGCUUGCUCUCAGCAGCUCCCCAUUCAGCACUGCCCCAGGGCAGCAUCCCAGGCCCUGGGAUCCAUCCUCCUCCUCCUGAGCAGCCUUGGGAGGUGGGAGAGAGCAGCGUCAGACAGGGCCAGCAGCUGCUCGGGGAAGAGGCGAGGAUGGCUCAUUGCAAAAUGCCCACAGCGGCUGCCUCCUCUCACAUGAAGGGCAGCUGCCAGAAUCCACUUCCCUGGCGUGGGAGGGAAACUUGCAGUGCCCCACGGCCACAGCACAAGACCCACCAUAAGGAAGGUCUCAUCAAUAGCAGCCAGCCUCUAGAGAGCCGUUGCAGCAGUUCCUCUUCCCCUUUGCCAUACUUUCUUCCACCACAGGGACUUUCUGCAGCCGAGCCCUUGUCUGGGGGAGGCCCUGCCGCAUCUUUAAAGUGGUUUCACAAACCAGGAUCCCUCCAACAGCAGCUCUGCCACUGUGUGCCCAGGGCAGCAGGC